CUCGGUUUGGAAGUUUUGUGUUAAGCGAACAACAGCCCGUGUUUCGGUAACAUAAAAGUCCAACGUUGCUGUGUGCAUCAGAAAGAUUUCACGCUAGAGAAACAUCAGCCCAAACUGCCCAACAAAAAUGUUCUCCAAAGUGAUCGCUGUUUUGGCCUUUGCCGCCGUGGUUGCCGCUAAGCCCCAACAUCAGCAAGCCGCCCAGUAUCCGGCCGGAGUCGAUCCGUCCCGCUGCCCGUCGUAUCCGAACUGCGACAACGCGGCCCUGCACAGCCCCAACCCCUACAACAACCAUGCCGCCAACCACUGGAACCCGAACUGGAACGCACAGCCCAGCUGGAACCAGGCCCCAGUUCCGGCACCGGCACCGGCCCCGUACUACCACGGUGCUCCUCACUCGUACCAGGCUCUGACCGGUCCCAGCCACAACUACCUCGGAGCUCCCGCCCCAACGGCCGGAGGAGACCGUUACCCCGCCGGAGUCAACCCACAAUCGUGCCCGAACUAUCCGUACUGUGAUAACACCGUCCAGGCUGGCGUUCACCAGGCUGCUCCUCUGCCAGGAUACACCACCCGCCAGUACCCGGCCGGAGUGUCCCCACACACCUGCCCGAACUUCCCAUACUGCUAAGAUACUCGCCACCAUGUCUUCUUCUCUCACCUCAGUGAUCUACUCCGUUCCAGUUCUUCCCCGUAAUUCUAUCAUUCUGCUCCACAAACUUUCAUCCUGCCCCACAUCUUCCCAAAGUUUUGCCAUGGUUGUGCAAAUGACCAGUACUGGUUUGUUUUCGUUAGUGUUUUGUGCAUGAAAUACUGCCUCGAUUAGUAGAGAUGUUACGUGUUCCUUAAAGCGAUUGAUUAACAGCAUGAACGAUAAGAGCGCAACAAUUCCAAACAUUGGAGAACUGUUUUGGUCAACAAAAAAGCCCUGUAAGAACAAAACAAGAAUAACUACAGCAACAUCUUCAUCGACUAUGUUAUCUCAGCGUGCGAUCGCACACAUCGCAAAUGAAAUUGAAAUGCAAUUGAUUUAAGAAUC